UUUCGAAAUAACGUUCCCGAUGUCAUUUUGACAUUUCACAUAAAGCGCAGUAUAAUUUUCCUGCAAUCCCCAUCAAUCGAACUCGAUAAUGGCAAAAAAAAGUAAAAAACCCUUAACAGACGAAGAAAAGUUCGAGAUAGAACUGCAGCAAGAGGCGGAUCUUCAACACCAACAGAGAGACUACACUCUACUAUGCAAGGACAGAGAAACGAUAGAAGAAUCCGGGGGUUCAAAAUUGGCCAAGCAACGCAAAGUUAUAGACAUAUACCAGAGAGAGUUGGCCAAUUUGACGAACGACCUUAACGUUGCCAUUUCCGAUGGAAAGAGAAAAAUUGACAAACAGGACGCUCACCUGCUUGUGGAUCUACUAAAUGAAUACGAUAAAUUUUCGGAAUGCAUAAGAUUCAAGAAGUCCCAUCUUAGUGAGAUCGAGUAUCAGAUCACCAAAGUCGACAAGGAAGUUGCUUACAUGCGUUCAAUCCAGCUCACUGACAAGAUGUGGCAAGAUCGUACGUUAGCCGGUCAGAAAACCCUGGAAGGUCUAGAAAACAAGCUAGACGUACAAAUCAAAAAAUUCUGUACCAUAUGUGCUCAAAACAACAAGUUAAGGGAUGAAAUAGAUCAUCUCUUGAAGGAAAGAGCCGAUUUCAAUUUGAAAUGGGACAAACUAAUCAAGAACCUCUGCAUCGGUAAGAAGUUCAUGCUCGAUCUCAUAGAACAAGCUACCAUCGCCUACGAUCAAAGAGAAGAAUGGUGUUCGAAGCUUCAAGCUCUGAGAACCAAAGCUCACAGCGACUUAAUCUCGCACAUUCAUGAAAUGAGGGAACUCCAAAGGAAAGAAGACAAUGACAAGAAGUUAGCAGAGUUCUUCAGUACCAAGGGACAAAAACGUGUCAUGGCUGCCAUGGAAGAAAAGGAACGUACGAAGAGAAAAGAAAAACGGACGAAGAUGGAAGAAAAGCUGAGGAAAUACACAAUAAUAUUAGCCGAUGUGUACGAUUUCACCGACCAAAAUGAAAUAGAUGAAAUAAUGGAGUCCUUUAAAGAGAGAGAAUCUGAAAAUUUCGCUUUAUUCAAAUACAUAAACGAGUUGAACAGAGAGAUGGAAGACCUGAACGACAACCUUGGUUACCUCCAUUUGGAUAUCGAUGAACAAAGAGUUUUGAUGCAGGUCAGGGCUGAAAAACAACAAGAAACUCUCCACAAACUCAGGGAAGAAGUUGAUGAGGCAGUUCAACUAGCAGAUGCAGCUGAGUUUGCCUUGGGCGACUGCGAUAAAAAAAUUGCCCAACUUUCGAGUGGUAUCGACGAUCUCUUCAGGCUUUGCAAAUGCAGUAGGGAUCCUAUCGUUCCAUUGCUUGGAGAAAAUCUCAAAGUCCAUCAAUUCAAUGUUUUACUGUUCCUUAAAAUUCUCGAACGUCAUGUCCAAGACUACAUUUGUGAUGUGUUCAACGCUGAGAAGAUCCUUACGGCCAAACGAAAGAUCAGAGCGAAGCAUAAGCUUAUAAGAGCUGAAGCUGUGUUGAGACCUCUGUAUAGCAUUGAACAAAUAGUUCCAGCUAAUCCUUGUCCUCUUUGUGUUGAACAUGAACAAGUCAGCGAUGUUAUAGAUGUACUACAGCGUAUACAGACGAAGGAACAGACUGAAGUCAAGUUGGCUGCUAGAUUGGAGCUACCAGAUGGUUUGGAAAGGAUACACAACGUGUCUGCUUGUCACUUGCCAAAGUCGAGACAGAUUAUACAGAAGAGAUAUCAGUAAAACUCGUUUUGGUAUUGGUCUACACGAAAAAAUUGUAUUGCAGAUAUUAUUAUAUACAAUUUAAAAGAAUAUAUAACGAAAUAAUAUAAAA